AUUGCAUUCAACAAUUCAACAACUUGCUCAACUUGGCCAACAAUUCAACUCCCACCUUUUCUUCAACUUCUCCAGUUUGUAUAUAAGUAUCAGUUUUCCUUUCGAUCUCUUUCACUUUUCACUUCUCCUUUCUAGACUAUCAACAAAUAAUUAAAUUUAUUUAAUUAUUACCCACGUUUAUUCGACUUUCAACCCGCCAAUCAAUCGACUCUUCUCUUAAACUUUCAUAAGUUUGUCCAAACAAAACUCCUUUACCUCUUUUCAAUCUAUCAUAAUAUUACUGUUGCCAAAAAUGAGUGCUCCUAACUUUGACCUUUCUAUUCAUGAAAAUGUUACUUUGAAUGACUUAGAAAGAAAAAUGGAACAAAUUAGCAAAAUCUCAAAGGAAAUUGACUUGUUAGCUUCAUUCGAUGUUACCAAAAAGAAUACAAAAGAAAACUUUGGUACUCAUUUCAAUGAUCAAUCCUUUUCAUUAGAUGAUAAUCUUGAUGAUGAAUUUUCUGCUGGUCCAGAAUCUCAAUUCGAUGAUGACAAUAUUGAUCAUGACAAAUACUGGGACAACUACCACCAAUUCUUUGAAAAGUUGAAUUCGGCCAAAAACGAUAUCAAACAAUUCAAGAAAAUGGUCCCUGAAUUCAUUGGUGAUGGUAUGGACUUAUCUGAUGACGAGUUGAAUACCGCCAUUAACAAUAUUCAAUCUUUAAACAAUAAAUUAGACAAAAACAUCAACCAAAUUAACACCGCUUAUAAAACUUAUUCAAAUGUUGAUAACAAAUAUAUCGACGUUUAAUAUUCAUUUCUCAUGUAUAUUAUUACACUUCUAUCUUUUGUGGAAAUCAUAACUAAUACUCUCUUAUUUUAUUUUAUCUUAUCUUAUUUUAUUUUAUCUUAUCUUAUUUUAUUUUAUCUUAUCUUAUCUUUAUUGACUUAUACUGGUUAUAUUUCAUCGAUGGUUUUUUAUUUCAUUCCUAUUAUUUUUUUAGAUUAAACUGCAUUUAUUGAAAAAAGAAAAAACUUUUAUGAACCUUUUUUUAUCUCUUACUCUAUCACUUAUGAUUUAUAUAAGUCUCUAGUUAUGAUCAAUUAAAUUAACGAAUAAAUAUCUUUUAACGAAA